CCUCUCCUCGGGAGCGCAGAAAAAAGAGAAUUUGGAUUUCCAACACAACCUAUUCCCCGCUCUCCCGUUCAGAUAAAAGUGCUCCAGAAUGUCUAAACUCCAAAAUGACCCUUUUCUACAGUACGAAACAACUUGCGGAUCACUUCUAUAUGAGCUUAAGAACAUUUGGGAUGAAGUUGGGGUGUCCAAGACUGAAAGAGAUAAAACAUUAUUUGAGCUCGAACAAGAGUGUCUACAUGUGUACAGAAGAAAAGUAGAUCAGGCAAACCAGUCUAGAGCUCAGUUAAGGCAGGAAAUCGCUGAUUCUGAAGCAGAACUUGCAACCAUCUGUUCAGCAAUGGGAGAACGACCUGUGCAUAUUAGACAGUCUGAUAAAAAAGCAGGAAGCUUGAGGGAAGAGCUUCAAAUUAUUCUUCCAGAGCUGGAGGAGAUGCGGAAAAGGAGGUUUGACCGAAGAAAUCAAUUUCUAGACGUCCAAGAGCAGAUACAAGGCAUAUCUAAUGAGAUCUAUGGCCCCGAAGAAUCUGCUCUUCUGAAAAAUGAUGUGGAGGAAUAUGAUCUAACCUUGAUAAAGCUCGAAAAAUUGCACAGACAACUGCAUACACUUCAAAAAGAAAAGAGUGAACGUCUCAAAAAGGUCCAAGACAAAUUAUAUACACUAAAAUCUUUAACUUCAGUGCUUGGUUUGGACUUUAAGCAGGCGCUCUGCGAUCUUGAUCCUAGUUUAGGGGACUCUGAAGGAUCUAAGAGUGUAAGUAACGAUGCAAUCCAGCAACUAGAUGCUGCUAUACAAAAACUGCGGGAGGUUAAAUUACAGAGAAUGCAAAAGCUUCAAGAUCUUGCGACGGCUAUGUUAGAGCUCUGGAACUUGAUGGAUACACCAGUCGAAGAGCAACAGAAGUUUCAGAAUGUUACUUGUAACAUAGCUGCUUCAGAACAUGAAAUGACUGAGCCUAACACCUUGUCUAUGGAGUUCAUUCAUUAUGUUGAGGCCGAAGUAACUAGGCUCGAAGAUACAAAAGCAAGCAAAAUGAAAGAGCUGGUGUUGAGGAAAAGAACAGAGCUAGAGGAGAUUUGUCGAAAGACACAUUUGGUUUCAGAAGGCAGUGCAAUCGAAUGUGUUGUUGAGGCUAUAGAGUCAGGAUCUGUAGACCCAGCUUGUGUACUUGAGCAAAUUGAGCUUCAGAUUGCCAAAGUAAAAGAGGAAGCGUUUAGCCGAAAAGAAAUACUUGAGAAGGUUGAGAAAUGGCUAGCUGCACGUGACGAGGAGACUUGGUUAGAGGAAUAUAACAGAGAUGAAAAUCGAUAUAAUGCUGGCAAAGGAACUCAUCUUAUUCUCAAGCGAGCUGAGAAAGCCCGUGCCUUGGUUAAUAAAAUGCCAGCAAUGGUGGAUGCCUUGACUUCAAAAGCGAUCGCAUGGGAAAAGGAAAGAGGAAUUGAGUUCACAUAUGAUGGUAUCUCUCUGCUUUCUAUGCUUGAAGAGUACAAUACACUACGGCAAGAGAAAGAGCAAGAACGUCGUAGGCAACGAGAUCUGAGGAGACUUCAGGGACAAAUAGUAGCAGAACAGGAAGCAAGAUAUGGGUCAAAACCUAGUUCAUCAAAGCCUCAAACUCCGAGAAAGGCAUCUAGGAUGCCCGCUGGAGGUGCAACUAAUAAAGGACAUGGUGGAGCAACGUUUCAAACAACAAAACAUGAUUCGAAAGGUACUGAGUCACGCUCAACGAGGAAGACCGACAAUGCUCACCAACUUGAUGAAUACAAUCAUUUGGAUGAUGGCGACUCUUCUUUAUCAUCAGCAACAAUGUACGGCGUUGCCGGUGUCACUAGAAAAAAGCAUUCACUUCGUGACAUAAAAUCUCCUAUGACGAGACAACCUUUUUGUCCUAUAUCUUCAGCAACAGUAUCAUCAAGAGCAAACAUGGCAGAUAAGUUGAGCGUACAGAGCGAAAAGUCGCAGAAAGUCAUGGCACUAAAAAAUGUGUCAUUCACUACUCCCUCCAAGAUAGCGGCAACAAUGAUAGAAGAAGAUGCUGAAGAGAACAAGACUCCCAAAGUACUGCCUAUCCCUAUCCCCACCACACCGUCGUCGGCACUUUCAGUCUCCAUGAAAAUGGCUAUGACUCCGGCCUCCUCCUCCUCCCCUGUCAGUUCCAUUUGGCUGUGACUCUGUGGUUCAAGAGAUAGAAUACUCCUUCGAGGAGAGAAGAGCUGGGUUUGUGUUGUGGUAGCAUUUUCUUUUAAAGAAAAUCAUUUGAAUUCUUCUGUGGUAGAGAAGCUUUCAAGUCAAUUGUAAUUGGCUUCCCAGUCAUGUACGUAUAUAUAGUCUAUCAUAUUCUCCAUUCUGGAGGUUUUCUAACUGGAUACUGUUUUGCUGUUUUGCUGUUUUGGGCUUUUUAUUUAUUGGAAACAUGUCUCUCAUUUUUGUGCC